GAGAGAGAGAGCUAUAUCAUUUAUAUUCCCUUGCAUAAUCUGCGAGUUUCUACACUAGCUUUUUAAUCAGUCACCAGUUUUAAGACACAGAAUGGAGAGUAAGGAGGAGGCGAAGAGAGUGACGAAAAUAAACACAAACAAAAACACGGGGAGGGAGAAGGAACAGCUGACCACUGACGUAAUUCCAUGAUGGCGGCGCCCAUGGCUCGAUUGUUUACAUCCGGCCUGCUUGAAAGAAUACCUGUUUAUAAUGGAUUUCUCGUGCAGGGUGCAGCUUCGAGCUUCCACACCACAGCCGUCACACACAAGUAUCCAAAUUGGAAGAUGAUCAAGGAGGUGAAGCACAGAAAGCUGGUGAAGGAAUAUGCCUUUGAACGCAUUAACAUUAACGCCAUGAGGAAGAACAAGAUCCUGCCUGCUGAACUAAAGGAGAUUGCUGAUGAAGAGAUCGCAGCGCUGCCCAGGAAAUCCAGUAUCUCACAGCUCCAUAAACGCUGCAUGCUAACCUCCCGACCCAGAGGCCUCGUAACCAGAUGGCGACUGUCACGUAUUGUCUGGCGUAACGAGGCAGACUACAACAAACUUUCAGGAAUACAGCGGGCCAUGUGGUAACGCGUGAUGCAGCCUCGCUUGGUCUCUGGCCAUCUGUCUCCCUCUGGUUUGGUUAUCAUGGUAAACCCUUUGUGUUGUAAAUAAAGCACUUCCUGUUCAUUAUCUGUUGCUUAUUGUUAUUAAAGGAAACGAAUAAGAUAGAAAUAGAUUUAAGGAAGGAAUUGGACAGGAAAGUCUUGUAAAAAUGCAAGAGUAAAAAAGUAACACAU